AUGGAGCAAAAAAUUAAUAAAAUAGCACAGCCGUAUCCAAUAGUCUCGACUACUAAGAAAUUGUACAUGGGCGAUGUUAUUGAUAGUCAAGCAAGAUUAAGUUUGAAUAGAAGAUUUGUUACCGAGGAGAUACUACCAUCAUUGUUGAAGGAGGGAGAGAAUUUUGCAAAUGGGAUUAAUGUUAAAGUAUUGGAUAAUCGAUUACAAAAAUUCCAUAUGAUAUUCAAGGAUUGGGGUAGUCUUAUGGUUCUUACUAGUGGUUGGAAUCAAUUAGUACAUGCUAAUAAGGACUUGGAAGAAGGUGUUACUAUUCAAAUAUGGGUUUUUCGUGAUGUCGAAGAGGAUAGGCUUUGCUUUGCUAUUUGUAGACGUUGA